UAUGCUCACUGCGUACUGAUGAAGAACACGUGAGUGUGGUUAUUUUGAGAAAAUACAUACGUAUGUUAUUCGACUCAUUCACAGCAAUAACAACAACAGUAUCUCAACAUAAUCGCCACCAAUACAAAGCCAGAGAAAGCUCUUCUACCACUACAUAAAUAAAGUCACUCACACACUCGCAAGACAACACACACAUUUACACACACGGCCAUAUACAAUACAUAUUUACAACUAUGGAGAGAGUAAGUCAAGUCUGAAUACUAAAUAACGAUGUGUUGACGCUGACGCUGGCGUCGCUGUCGACAGCAUCGUAAUUGCCUUUGUUAUGCGCAGGCAAAUGCAAAGGCAGCGAAGAAACCAUUUAAAUUGCGGCGGUGCCUGCUGUACGACUGUCAAAACGUUUUUCAAUUUGUGGCGAAAAAGACACACAUUACUCAACAAUACACACUUGAGGAAGGACCUCAGAGCAAACAAGGAGAAAUAAGAAUAAAAAGAAUCAAGUGAAAUUAAAAAGGCAUAAACGAUUUAUGAAGUAAACAAAUUUUAAGUGCUAAUAAACAAGAAAUUGCAUACCAAAUGAACAAGCAGACAAUGUGUGCUGGCAAAUACAUACAAAGUGAACGCCUAGCAUAAAAUUAUUCUCAUAAGCAAUAAACCGAAUUUAUCAGAAAAAGGCAAAAAUCGAGAAAUCGAGGCAGUUUGUAUCAAAGUGCUGAGUAAUAAAAAUAAAAAAAAAAUGUAUCACAAGAUGUGUUGAGUUAUAAACAAAUAAUUUUCUUUCGCAAUAUUCUAAAAAUUUUCGCUUAUCAAGGCAAACCUGAGCAUUUCCGCUUCCGCCUUACGAUUUGCUGUAUCUACGGGAACGCAAAACGCAAUACAAAUUUCUUUAAAUUCCAAUUCUAAAACUAAUUAGUAUUAAACGAGAAAAAAGACGCAACAGGAAAAUGUCCGUGCCAAUGUUAUUAACGCUUACAAAUCCCGCCGCCACCUUGGGCGAUACGCUGCUACUGGAUGAACACAUCACAAGUUGCUCCUCGUACGUGGAUACCGCAUUGAUUGUGAACGAGCUUUUGGUUUUGGACACCCCUACGCAAUCAUCGACAACCUCACCUUGCACGCCUACACUGCAGCAAUUCGUCGUUGAGCUACACGCCGACUUAGGUCCUAGCGAGCGCGUUGGCCUCACGGGUGAUGUGAAAGCUUUGGGUGAGUGGCGUUUGGAGCGCUCCGUUGCAUUGCAGCCGCAAUCGGGCGGUCGCAGAUGGCAGGCCAAUGUUUUGCUGCAGACUUGCCGCAACAUCAGCUACCGCUAUUUCAUCUAUGCUGAGGACAAGCAAGGGCGCAAGCAGAUUCGUCGUUGGGAAACACGCCUGCAACCACGCGUGUUCAAGCCUUCAGGCGAGUUGGCUGUUGCAGAAACGCGCGUCGAUCGCUUUGGUGAUGCAGAUGGCAGUGGUGAGACGCAAGUGAAUCGUGGCUGGUUGACGAAUGAGUGCAUAGUGCAGCUGAAGUUUGAACGUGAACAAAUGUUCCAAGUGCUCGAUAUUGAAAAAUUCGAUCCAGCCGACGAAAUUUUAGUUAAGAUUUUGCCGUUGAAUGAGGAGAGCGAAGCAACCGAGUCGGGUGUGCACGUUGAAGUGGCAAAGUUGAAGUAUGGCGAGAGCCAUUUGCAGCCACAGCAGGCUUUUGGCAUUGCCUAUGGACGCGGAGAAAUCGUAGUAUUCCAUAUUACUGCGCCAUGCCCAUUGCAGACUGCUUUUGCGUUGCUUUUCCACACACCCGAUCAGCGUGCAGUCGGCAAGGCAGUCAUUACGGCCGUUCAGCUCGCGGGUAGCGAGGGUGUGCUGGAGUUGUCCAUCACUGAGCCGGUGCCUGAGGCCACCACCAUUAUUGCGCGUCUUACACUUCCGUACCUGGUCGUUAAGCCAUUCGCUGACAAGACGCUUGAUUUCCGCACCACAUACGCGCACUACUGGCCCAAGAGCUGGCCAAAUCUGAAUGUCGGGCAUCGUGGUAAUGGACGCAGUUACAUUGCUGAUCCACCGGCCGAACGUGAAAACACGAUUGCUUCGUUUAUGCGCGCAUACGAAAAAUUCGCAGACAUGAUCGAGUUGGAUGUGCACUUAACAGCCGACGGAGUGCCGGUGAUCUACCAUGACUUUGGUAUGCGCACAGCGCGCAAGGGGAAGGAAGUCACCAAGCCAGAACAGCUGGAGUAUGUGCUGAUCAAGGACGUGAACUAUGAGAAACUGAAGCAAUUGCGCGUAUUCGCCAUCAUCAAUGGCAAGCCAGUCGAAUUUCCGUCCCACAACGAAGAGCCACGUGUAGAUCAUCGCAUCUUCCCCACACUAGUUGAUGUACUUGAGGGACUGCCCAAGUCUCUGGGAAUCGAUGUUGAAAUUAAGUGGCCACAGCGACGUGCCAGCGGUGCGCCCGAAGCGCAUCAGACAAUCGACAAGAAUUUCUUCACUGAUCGUGUGCUGGCAACUGUCAUCAAUCAUGGCUGUGGUCGUCCGCUGAUUUUCUCCAGUUUCGACGCGGACAUUUGCACUAUGCUGCGCUUCAAGCAAAAUCUUUUCCCUGUGAUGUUCUUGACCCAAGGUCAAACCAAGAAAUGGCUGCCAUUCAUGGAUUUGCGUACUCGCACUGUUGAGCAAGCGAUCAACAAUGCGCAAGCUUUCGAGUUGGCAGGCACAGCGCCACACGCUGAGGAUUUGUUGAGUGAAGAAGGUGCCGAAUUGCUCCAAAAGGCACGGAACUUGGGACAGAUUUCGGUUGUGUGGGGUGACGAUUGUAACUCAAAGGAGCGGGUGAAGUACUUUGUGGACAUUGGUGCGACUGCAACCUGCUACGAUCGCACAGAUUUGUAUAUACCCGAAGACAAGGAGCGUGCAUUCUUCAAUUCGUCUAGCCUGUUGGCGCAAUUCGAGGACCAGUGCCUGCGCUAAGUGGGCGGUGGUGUGGACAGAGAGCAGUGAUAGUGAUAAGGGGCGGGUAUAGACCCGGCAGGGAGGGUAGUAAUUAAGAGAUAAGCAGAAUCGAACGGUCGAUUGGCGGAAAGAGGGCGGGCCAUUAGCCAUCAUAAGUGAGGGGCUUAUGUAGAGCCGAAUUUUAAUAAUAUAUAUACAUAUAUAUUUUUUUAUAUAAAAUAUUCACAAGAUAAAUAUUAGAGCAAUAUUUAAAAAUACUUACAAACUUAGAACAAAACAAACAAAAACACUUACGCUAAAGAUUUUAUUAAAUACACACACAAAGGAAAAUGUAGACAAACAAUCUAAUUAAUGAUGAUGUUCAAAUGAAAGAAAGAAAAAAAAUAUGCUUAAAAAAUAAUUGAAAACAUAAAAAAAUAGUUCCCUUAAAGAAAGAAAUAUUUAAAAAUUUGGAACUGUUUUUUAUUUAAGUCGCAACUUUCGAUCAACGUCGUUCGCUGGCGAACACAGAUCGCUAAGUGAGCGCAAGAGAAAUCAGAAGCGAAAGUAUAAGGUAUAGUGGGAAUGUGUUGGCAGCCCCGCAGUCGCUAUCCAGCUCGAGCUCCGGUGUGGAACUGUGGUGCGUGACCCCCAAUGCAGUAAGUAAUUCUGCCCCUGAAAAAAAAUGAAAAGCAACAAACAACUCUCAGUAUUUCUUAAAGAAGAUGUAAUUCUACAUAUUUAAAAUUGAGAGUCUGUAUGUGAGUAGAUCAGGGUGAGAGUCACUUGAACACAUAGCCCCAAUGAGUUUGAGAGUGAGAUAUGGACCUGUAUACAUAAAAAUUACUAUUUUACCUUAUUACUUUGGCCUUUCUUGAUGGCAUCAAUUCGAGGCUAUUUUUGAUGGAAAUUUAAUUUUAAAUUUAAAAAUGACAAUAACUUAAAAAAUAUUUAUUAUAAGAACAGUUCUGAUUUUUUGGAAUAUUUCAUUCUUAAUUGUUUUUUUUUUUUUCAUAAAUUUUUGUUUCUUUGUUAAGCAUUAUUUAUAGCUCUUUUGUUUUUUUUGUUGUUUUUUAUGACUUUUACAAAAAAACAAAUAGUGGCAGUAAAUUUACAAAAAAAUUGAAAACUUAGUCAUCUGUUAAUAAUUUCUGUUAUUUGAUUAGUUUAAAGUAAAAUUAGUACACAAUUUUAAUAUAAAAAGAUAAAUUGGCAUUUUAUAGAGCAAAGAAAUAAUCAGUAUUUCUGUUUAAUUAUUGAUCAGGAGGUACCUGCAAUUUCGAAUCUGAAGUGAUGGCACUAAACGCCAGUGAUGCAUCUUGAAGAGUAAUGGCCCCACCACUCAACCGGGCAAUCCAGUUUAGAGUAAUAGUCAUUAAAAAACACAACUGAUGCUCGUAGAUUGGAGGAUCCGAAAACAGUUCUAACACCUAUAUCUACCUUGGAAAGAACGGAAAUAGGCUCUGAAUCAUCGAAUACAAUUAGUUGUGUCAACCUAAGCCAAAUCACGAGCCCUAUUGCCAUUCACGGUAAUUUUACGCUUUAUGAUUCUACACAAGUUUGGAUGGGUAUUCAUUAAACUGAAGACUAAUGAAGCAGCAGUAAUCGCAUUGAAGUUUUCAUAUGCUUUGAUCAUAUUGGCCGCUCUUUGGCGGACCAUUUCCUUGGAACACUUCGAGUCAUUAAAUAUUUCUUAUUCGUCAAGCAAUGGUUGUAGUAUUUAGCUUCUGAUAACAACGAAUGCAUUACGAAUUUUGUUCAGAACUUCAUAAUCUAAUUUAACUACUGGAUUGGCUAUUAAGCUCUGGACGAGCUCUGCGAGAGCAGACAGGUCAAAAUUUACUGGGUACCAGGGCACAAAGGGGUAGAAGAAAAUGAGAGAAUCAACGAACUUGCUAAGACUGGUAUGCGCUUGCAUAAGAUGAAUACGUCGAAGUUAUAUCCACUCUCAGUUUUGAAGACGGAACCAGAUGAGGAACUAACUCUGAAAGCACAGGCUAUAUGGAAAGCCUCGACCUCCCACAGGAUUGCCAAAAUAAUGCUACGAACUUGCAAUACGAAAACAACUAUCUUUAUUUUGUCACUGCCGAGGAAGGAAUGUAAAAUGUUGGUUGGAGUACUGACGGGACGUUGUCUUACUUGAUAUCACGCAGCUAAAGUGGGAUUGAGCCAGAACUACGCGUGUAAUUUAAGCGAUGAAGAAGGAGGUACGUUAGAACACCUUCCUUGCCACUGCCCUGCUCUAAUCAGAAUUCGUUACAACUGCCUGGGAUCGGUAUACUUUUCAUCGCUGAAGGAUAUUGCUCAGAAAAAAAUUAAAACUCGUCAAGACAUGUAUCACAAACUAGCGACUGCAACAAGACUGGUAAUACCAUGGAUCCUUGUGGUCUAUGUGAGAUCUAUUUACAUCCGCUAGAUACAUCUAACCUUCACCGACCGUUGAAAAAUCAUUAGAAAACCUUCUAUUUCGAGCACUCACGCCUGUUAAAUAUGAUCUCACAAUUUGAAUCGAAAGACAAACAAAUAUCAAGUACUCUGACCUAUUUUGGCUCGUCUUUACUCCUAGUGAUAGCGGGAAUUGGAAAAAAGACACAAACGUAUGACAUAAACAAGUCAAAUGUCUUCAGUCGCUGUAUAGUCCCUAAAUAAGAGUAUCUUAAUAAUAACAAAAAUUUUAAACCUAAGGAUUGCCCAAAUUACCGUCGUACGUUUAAUUUAUGAUUUGGCGCUGGGCUUAGAAAUACAAGAGUUUGUAAAGGCCUACAACUGUUUAGCUCCUAAAAAAAUGCACCAGCUGAAUAAAAAGUUUGAGGUAUACCAUCGCCAAUCAUUUACCGAGAUAUCCUUUUCUUAACGGUGAAAAGCGAGCUCGAUAUAUCAAAAGUGGGUCGUAAUUUGUUUUAUAAGGUUUUAAAAAAAUACUUCUAAAGUGCUUUGAUGCUCCAAAGCAAACAUUAAGUGGGGUGUCUGCCAGAAUGAGCAGACUAGAAAUCGACGUUGGAAGCUGUUGACUCUAAAUAUUACUCCCAGCACUUUUAUAUGACUGAGAAGUUUUAUAUGACUGAUGAGCUUUAGACGGAUAUUAUGAUAUAUGAGUGAAGAUCAUAUAGAUCAAGAUUGAAAGUAAAAACGAAACGAUUUCGGAAUUAUGCAUUUUGCGUAUUGUGGGACCUGAGUUUUUUCAAGGCCAUUGGAUAUUAUUGAUUUAAAUAGUGAAGAUUUUGAAAAUUUCUGAGACACAAAGGCACAGUUGCAGUUUACUCAACUAGCACUCAGCUCUUCAUGAACAUACAGGAUACGCGCAACAAGGAGCUCAGCCAAUCUGCCAUAACUUCAAACAAGAGGAUUUCGACUUUAUAAGUGGAAUAUUAUUCCAAGCAAGACAUUCAGCACUGCGCCUUAUUGAGGCCUUUUACGAAUACCACCUAAUUCAAUGCAUGAAUAACUGCUCCGUCCAUAGUUUGUGUAGCUGAUAUUGAUAAAAAAAUGAGGUAAUUUCUUGUGAAGCUAUACAAGUCCUGUUACUGCCAUUUACUUGGUUAUUCCAAGAAGAUUCAGAGCAGAAAUAUUCUAAGCUCUUCAUCUGCUGUUCUCCGAAAAAAUGGCUGAAUAAUAUUUAAUAUUCUCGUCUGAAAAAAUCUUAGUCUGCAUGUGACUGCUGCGUCAAGCUCUAUUCUACACUAUAUGUUAUACUACAACUAAACUGUGAACAUAUACGAGUAUGUGGGUGAACCACCCAACUGAUAUCAACCUGAUGUAUUGUAGAAAUGAUAUGAGAAAAAGCAGAAGCGGAACACAGUACUAUUUGAAGUCUGGAGCGAGUUGACCACUAGAAAAGUUGAAACAGAAGUAGGCCGAACGGCGUUAUUUUUUCAGAAAACGUACUGCAUACAUACAUACAUGCACAUGCAUAUCGUCAUGGUUGCUCAUAAGAAGUGCAUACGCAACGACAACAGGAACUAUGAUAUUAGCUGAAAUUAUCAGGGUGUAGUUUAUUAUGAGUUGCUCAAACCCAUUACAGAGUGUCACAAGAUAUGAUUAACGCUUAACAUAUUUGUAUUAAGCCGAGCUUUAAUGAAACUCCGUCAGAUAUACAAAGGACGGAAAAAAAUCAAGCAAUAUGAGAGAUACACACCAAAACAGAUUUGCAGGUACGACGGAAUUGGACCAGAAGUAAUCAAAGCCCAGUUAAAAAUAUUGGAAUGUAUGGAUCUUGCCAAGUGUGAUAAAAGUAUUCAUUAGACAUCUCUUCUUCUAUCUUUGGUUUGCGUUUGCCGCUCAGCCCGCUUCUUUCCUAUAAAAAUGCCAGAUAUACCAUAUGAUGGUUCGUAGAUCAUCUUGAAAGAUGAGUCGCCUUAUCAACAUUGUCUUUUUACGAGGCUACUAGGAAAAUUUUUAGCAAUAGAAGAUGUUUCCGAAGACACGUCUUUUAAUAUUUGGUGUUUUUUAUUAAAUUAUUACUUUACACGAAAACUUAUUCAAGUUUCGUUUUUGUUAUGUGAUAGAGUAGAGUUCAACAAAUUGUUGAAAAAAGUAAAAAGGGCAUAAAUAUUUUUAGAAUGUUAAUAAAAACGUUUUUUUUUUAUGGUAGUUCCAUUAAUUCUUUCUCAUUGGCAGAUGUUUCGGUAGUCAGAAACGUACCUGAAGUGUCGAAACAGACUCAUAAAAAGGCUGUUUUCCUUGCAUGCAUACUCCUGAUAUUUUAUGAAGGAAGUUCAAUUAGAAAUACAAUUUACGUACAACACGUUUAAUCAAAAAUAGCUGGGCCAGUCUUAAAGGUAACUAGGCGCGGCCAAAUUGACUUAAAAUUUUCUUCAAAUUUCUUUAAUUUUGCUGGUGACAUUACUACUUGCACAAGUAACGUUUGAAAGCAACUUGAACCAAAUUAAAAUUAUUAAAUUUUUGAAUUUUUGUGUUUGGUUUGAAGCUGUUUGGCGAUAAUUUGUUGUAUUGCAAUAAAAAUCCGAUACUAGAACAAGAAAAGAGGAGCAAAGUUUUUUCGUAUUCCGUUUUGUCUACCGGUUAGUAUGUAACAAACAUAGUUUUUCAGUAUCGAAUCCACGUGUACCCACAAUUUUACUAACACAGGAAAAGAUAUUUGUAGCCGAUUUGACCGUGUCUAAGUGAAAUUUUUUUCUCAUUUCAAAGAAAGUACAAAAAAUUUAAUAGCUUUGUAGGAGUGCGCGAGCAAAAAUAUGUAUAGAGAGGCUCCUUAUACAGUCAUAGUAUUUUUGGGGGUUUUUUUAAAUGUUCAACGCAAAUGGCUAAUAAAAAGACCUCAGUUUAGAGCUGGUAACAUACAUAAAUUAGCUGGCGUUUUUCGUUUCAUAUAUAAAAAUUUAUUUUUUUAUUAUAUUUUUUUUAUAUUUAUAGGAGAAAAUAUUUGAUAAUUUUCGGAUUUUCGCUGAAAGGAAAUAAUUUUUAUGCAUAAUUUACCUUGCUUUAUUACUCCCUGGAACCAUAGCAAAUAAUAAUAAUAAUAAUUUUCUAUAUUAGAGCUCAUUAUGUGCAAAGAAUUAAUAAAAAAGAAAGACGCUAAAUUUAAAUUUCAAGUUAAGUUAUUUAUUUUUUUUCAUGAAAAAUAAGAAAAUAAAUUGGGGGAGGAGCUCGACCAAAAAGGGUGUAAAAGGUCGUAAGCGCUAAUUAUAUAUAUAUAUUUGCCAUUUCUCAUGAAAAAAGACUUUUAAUUUACUACUAUCAGAAUUACCAAAAAUUUAAAAUUAUUGUGAUAUUAUUUACUUAUUUGAAAAUACGUUAAAAAACCAAUUAAUUUUUAUUAACUAAAUAUUAUAAAAAUAAAUAAAUAAAAAUAAUAAAUUAUUGUAAUUAAAAGUACACUAAUUUAAAAUACAAUUUUUAAAUAAGCUGACAAAAAGUAAAUGAAACUUAUGGAUUUCUUGUAAAAACACCAAUAUUUUAUUAUUGUUAAACUUUAUCAAAAUGUUUAGCACACAAAACAAAGUGAGCCACAGAAAUACGAGAUUUCAAUUGUUAAAAGAUACACAAAAAAGUUUUUCUAUUUAUUUUAUGCAAUUUACUGCGGCGAAUUUAAACGGCUUUAAACAAAUUUUAAUAAGGAUGAAAAAACAUAAAUGCUAGCUUAUGUAAAACCUCUAAAGCAGAAUGUAUGUAUGUACACUUUAAAUGAACAAUUGAAACAAAUUGCAGCAGAAAAGUGAUAAUAUAAUAAAAGCAAUUGUAUAACAUUCUGAAAAGAAAAAAUAUAGCUCUACCUUAUUUUUUUUAGGCUUUAAUAAACAAUAUACAAAUAAAGUUGAGCAAGCCAGUUUUAUAGAAAAAAGUGGGCGUUGCUUUGGUCUUGCCUCUAAUACAAAGCAAUGAAAUAAAUAGACAAUAGAUUUUUUCUACUGAUAUGACAACUGUUAGUCUUGCACUAAAUAUUUACAUUUUAUAAAAACCAAAUAUUGUUUAGUCACUAUUAUUAAUACAAAAUUCUUAACGCCCUAUUAAAUUAUUUAUAAUGCAAAACAAACAAAUAUCUACACCAAUACAAAGCAAAAAACCUGAAGCUUAAAUGCUUUAAAUUCAAAAAUUGAAAAUAGUUUAUGCUACGUUUAGUGUACUAAUAUUUGCUCAAAAAUAUCCAAAUGUGAUUUACAAAAAAAAAAAAAAAAUUAUAAUAUAUAAUAUUUUGUUUGUUAAAUAACUGCACUCGAGUAAACGCUAUUUACAUAGUAUGCUUGUAUUACAUAACUAAGUCAGUAAUUGUAUUGAGAGACAUACAUAAAAAUUUACAAAAGUUAAUAAACCAUUUUUUCAAUUACGUUUAUUUUCAAAUUCAA